AUGUCCACCGACGAUUCGCACAUUCUGGAGGUGCUCUCCGACUACACCAAGGAUGUCCGCAGCUUCACAGGAUCGAUCUGGGACGCCAGCGACCGGCACUUUGCCAACGUAGCCGGCUAUGUCAAGCGACACGUCCCCGAGAACUGGUUGCCUGAAUACGCGCGACCGCCUCCGCCGCCGCCACCGCCUCCUCACCGCGUGACGGGUGCGUACCUAGAGCGACUCCAGGACUGGGUGUCGCGGAAUCGCGCGCUCACUGCGGCGAUUGUCGCGUUCUUUGGCACUGGGAGCUACAUGCUCUGGCGGCAGAACAGGUCACACAACCGCAAGAGGCGGGCGCGGAGAGCAAGCAAUGGAGCUAGAAGAGAGGUUGUGGUUAUUGCUGGCCCACCCAACUCGCCCAUCACGCGGUCGCUGUCGCUAGAUCUCGAGCGUCGCGGCUUUGUCGUGUACAUUGUGUGCUCGAGCAUGGACGAGGAACAGCAGGUCUUGAGCGAAUCGAGGGCGGACGUCAGACCACUGCACCUGGACGUUGCAGACACCAUGGGCACGCAAGAAGCUAUGGAGCGCUUCAACACCAUGCUCACCAGGCCACACGUCGCGUUCCAAGGCGCGAGCCCGCACAACCUGAAUCUUCGAGGUGUUGUCCUUGUGCCAGAUUUGAUCUUCCCUUCGGGACCGAUAGAGACGGUUCACCCAGAGCUUUGGGCCGAUGCUUUCAACGCCAAAGUACUGAACACAAUAGCGGUGACACAGGCGCUGCUGCCGACCAUCUGCCGGUUCAAGUCAAGGGUACUCAUGCUUACCCCAAGUAUUGUUGCGUCAUUGCGGCCGCCGUUCCACAGCGUCGAGACCACCAUCGUAUCCGCGCUCGAGGGUUUCCUUGCAACCUUACGAGGAGAGCUCGGGACGCUGGGAAUUGAUGUCAUUCAAUUCCACUUGGGGACAUUUGAUUACUCAAACGUCGGUCCGAAACACCACCUUCAGACCAAAGCAGCACCCAGCCCACACGCCUGGCCCACCACGACACGACAGAUGUAUGCGAGUAACUUUGUCAACCAAACGCGGCUAGGGCAAACUCGAGGCAUCUUUAGUCAGAACAGCCAUGGCACCUCUUUGCGCGAGUUGCACAACGCUGUCUUCGACGCAGUGACGCAGAAGCGCCCACGCAAGGUCUGGCGUGUGGGCCGAGGUAGCGUGACCUACGGCCUUGUGGGGAACUGGGUUCCUGGCUCUUUAGUAGGCUGGAUGAUGGGAUUGCGACGGGUAUCGCUCGACACAGCGUCCAUGCCGAAGUUGGAGGACAGCGUGCAGUCUUGGGAGAGGGUCGAGGCUGUUGUGUGA